CCGGUAUGUACUCACUGAGGAAGCCCUAUUGCUGGUCAUCUAGUCAAUGGCCAAUCGCUUCACCAUCGUUUCUUUUGAUCAUUGACUUUUCUUAUAGGCACUAAUUUAAUAAUUAUAUCUGUUAUAUGACGGGCCGCUCUAGUUUUUGGCUGCAGAUCUCCGAAGCCAAGUUUAUUCUGCAGGAACUAUACGACAACUGCCCAUACAGGAUGUAACUGGGUCGACUGCAGCAACCCGAAUGAACGGCCCCGAGGGUCUGGAUUGUCGUUCUGUCUACUCUAUUUCAAAUGUGAAUCACUCUAUAUAACCAGGACGUAUAGUGGAAGCCCAUGUUUCAGCUGCGUCUGCGUGGGACACCCUCUUCCUAUAUCCUACGCCUCGUCUCAACAAGACAUCUGUCUCUGAAGGCCUCUCAAUCAUCGUGUUUCUACUUCAGUGCCCAUACUUCUUUCCACACGAUGCCCCCCUUUCCUUCGUGCCGAGCUCAUAUCCUUCUCAGUUAGUCCAGUGGCUCUGGAAGUCAUUUUGCCUACCACUAACGACUGAGACGUCUAUCACUUGAUACCAACAUUUCGCUUUUAUCGGAUCGCACGAUUGUACUUGUAUCAAAAUCAUGUCGGCUUCAAGCACUGAUCCCUAUGCCCAGGCGGUGAUUAUUCCAUCGCUUUCUAUCCUAUGCAUUCUGCUGACCAUCCCUCCGUUGAUCUUGCACUGGAAGAAUAGGAAUUUUCCUGUCGUUUCCCUUAUAUGCUGGCUCCUGUGUCUGAACUUGUUCAACAUUAUUAAUGCAUUCAUUUGGCCUAAUGAUGAUAUGGAUAGUUGGUGGGAUGGUGCCGGUCUUUGUGAUGUGGAAGUCAAGGUGAUGAUUGCCAGCUAUGUUGCGGUGCCUGGGAAUUUGGUCUGCAUCUUCCGCGCUCUGGCUGGCAUGAUUGAUACUAGACGUGCAAUGCUUGUCCCGAGCAAGCAGCAACGGUGGUGGAAUCUUGGCAUAGAUAUGCUAUUUUGUGUGAUCGUACCCGUUGUGGCAAUGGCCACACAUAUAGUCUACCAGGCGAGCCGAUACAUUCUGAUCGGCAUCUCGGGCUGCGUUAACAGCUUUGAUGAAAGUUGGGUGAGCCUCAUACUGGCAUGGAUCUGGCCUCUAGUGAUCUGCCUCAUGGCUGGCUAUUAUUGCAGCCUUGUGGUUUAUCGUCUUCACAGGUACCGAAAUCAGUUUGGUGACAUCCUACGGGCAUCAAACAGCAACUUGAACAAAUCUAGAUUCAUGCGGCUAUUCAUACUUUCCUUCAUUGUGCUCCUGGCUAUUCUACCGGUUCAGACAUACGUUGUCUACAAGAACAUAGAACUUUCGCUGCCGUGGCACUCUUACUCAUGGAGUGUGGCACAUGGACCAUAUUGGAAUAGAAUCCAGAAGAUACCAUCGGGUGGUGAGGCCUUCUUCGACCGCUGGUUUCCAGUUGCCUCGGGGUUCAUGUUAUUCAUCCUCUUCGGCUGUGGGAGAGACGCUUCCAGGAUGUAUGGUUCAUACCUCCGCUUGCUGCGCCUGGAUCACUGUUUCGUCAGAGUCCACGACUCUUCACCAGAUACAUCCCGUUCCCACACUUCGGGUUUUUCCAACAGCCGACUUGGACUACUCUUUCAUAAAUCAUGGACUUCUACAGCAGGAGCUUGUGCAGAGAACCCUGAUACUGCGAAUAGUAUCGAUAGGAGCUCUGAUGACGUCGAGAAGGGCAGGGUCUCUUCGCCGAAACCCCAGCGAGGACAAACUAUGUCGUGGCUUAAGCAUCCUUGGUCAAUUUUUCACCGUCCACUUCACCGCUCGUCUACCUUUAGUGGCAAGAGAAUCUUAUCCCAGCCUAAUCUCUCUGCCCCGUCAAAUACAGUUUCCGCUAAUGCAUGGGCGGGCUCCAGCCAAAGCCGGGGGAGUAGCGAUCUUACCUUUAUGCCUGGAAGGGAAGCCUUUAUCCGAGUGAAACGCGACAUCAGCCAGGAGAGCGAAGUGCGAAAAUGAGGUCGUAUAAUACUUCUGAGACAGGCCGUUUACCUAACUGGCCAACCCAGGUGAAGUACCUGCACCCCGGGAUUUUAAAGGUCUCUUACUUUUCACUCCCACUCGUCCGUUGAGAGUGCUUCAUGUUAUCUUCUAGUUGCCUUGCUUUUUUUUUUCUUCCCGUCUAGAUGUGUGGCUGAUGUUGCAUUAAGUUUAUAACGUAUGACCUUCAAUGGAGAAGCUGGGUUUAGG